AUGAUUGAUACAGGCGUUUUAUUCUGCAAUGGGAACAUAUUCUAUCGGCCUAGAUGGAUAAAAACCACAUUAUCAUUUGGAAAAUGCAACGCCUUUCCUGGAUUCAGUGAUUACAAUCUGUCUUGGUUCAAUCGUCACGUCACAGGGUUUGUUAUUUCUGAUGUUGUAUGGAUGACAUGCAUUUCCGUUGGGUCAGACCACCAAUGUAUUGUGUAUGUGAUGUGCGUCUUUAUUAUCAUCAUAACUGUCAGUCUGUCUGAGGAGCUCAUAUUUGAUAUAUCAAUGAACCUCCUCAAGCUCAGAUCAAACAAGACAGCCAUUACAUUGAUAAAACAGAACGCUCAUAGAAUAUGGGUUGGCAUUCGACCAAAGACGACUAAAGUUAUAUAUUUGGAAGCAGAGCGUCGUAAGAAGAGCAAAAAAUCACCUUAA